CAUGUUUGACAACUCCGAGAUUAUAUACGCAAAAAAAGUUUUUUGGUUAUGAAUUUUUUUUUAUCCCAGGUUCUUGCCAACAUCAACAAGUAGAAUUUCUCGGCGAUUAGCUAAAGAAAUUCGGAAAUCGUUGUUGAAACUUAUUGACCGGCGAAGGAAAAGCAGUAAUCGGGACAACAAAAGUGAUGGUCCAACCGAUUUAUUGGAGGUGAUGAUGAACGCUGCCGAUGAAUCGGGUCGUUCAGAUGAUCCAUCAGCCGUAACGGAUAACGACGUCGUAGAGGAAUGCAAGACGAUCUUCUUCGCCGGCACGCAUACGACAUCGGCCAUGCUGACGUGGACAGCCUUGCUCUUGGCCAUGCACAUCCACUGGCAGGAUGAGGCACGUCAGGAGGUUUUGAGGGUGUGCGGAGCACGUGACACUCCAACUAAAGAUGAUCUUGCCAAGCUCAAAUUGUUGGGAAUGAUUAUAAACGAGUCUGUGAGAUUGUACCCACCAGUAGUAGCGAUGAUCAGACGGGCCAAAGAGGAUGUGCAGUUGAGCGGGAUCCACAUUCAGCAGGGUACUGAGCUCUUGAUCCCAAUCAUAGCCGUUCAUCAUGAUUCGAGUCGAUGGGGCGACGAUGUACACGAUUUUAACCCAAUGAGAUUUGCGGAAGGUGCGACCCAAGCCGCGGACCACCCAAUGGCUUUCCUCCCCUUUGGGUCGGGCGCCCGCCGAUGCAUUGGCCAAAACCUGGCCAUUCUAGAGGCCAAGUUAGCCAUCGUCAUGAUUCUUCGCCGUUUCUCUCUCCAGCUUGCACCCAAGUAUCGACACACGCCUUCGGUUGUCACGUUACUCCAUCCGCAGCAUGGUGCACCUAUUGUGUUUACCAAAUUAUCUGAUCAUCUAAAUUGAAUUUUAGUAUAUGAUUAGGAGUAGACUCUCUUUGUUAAUUUGAAUAUUCCAAAAUUGGUGUUUCAAUAGAAGUUUGCAGUGAAUACCUAAAAAUUGGGAAGUGAAGAUCGCAGUUAUAGAAUGCGUGGAUUCAUAAUAUGUCCAAACUCCCCGAC